AUGUGCCGAGGCGUGUCCGUUGUUUUUACAUGUGUGAAUGAUUCACAGCCAGUUAAUCUCGAAGAUAGACGUCCUUUUGUGCAGAAACAGGCGAGUUCAAGGUUGGUCGUGGCGAACGAGUCGCAUCCCUUGGCCGCCCUUUGCGCUUUUAUCAAUACCGGCGUGCAGCGCCGCCUGGCGGCGAUGGCGGAGGUGCGCGGCGUGCCCAGUGCGCACGCUCCGUACCCCUGA